AGGCUACAAGUUGUUACUACUCCACACAAGUCAAAAAAAGCUAAGGAAGUAAAACUUGCGGAUAAAUUGUAUAACCUCAGAGACAUACAACGUUCGGUACCAAUGAAUUGGUCAAAAAGCCGUGUGCAAGAGUAUUUCAUAUGGUCAAAACAAGUGACAGACGGUGCAAAAGGAAUUAAUACGUAUUUGGAAAAUUUAUUAGAAGAACUGUAUCAGAAUGGUACAUUUGAAUUGGAUGGUGAAACUUACAAGUGCCACCCUUAA